AUGGAGUCUGGCACCGGGAUGACUAGUUCCAAUGAAGCAGAAGGAACGGGUUCGGCGGGCUUGGUGCCCGUAAUUGAAAUCGCGACUUAUGCGGAGACAGAUGUUUAUGAGUGUUAUAUUCGUGGUUUUGAGUCUAGGAUCGUGAUGAGAAGAACUGCUGAUGAUUGGGUUAAUAUUACGCAGGUGUUCAAGAUCGCUCAAUUCUCAAAGACACAGAGAACGAAAGUUUUGGAGAAAGAAUCCACUGAUAUGCGUCAUGAAAAGGUGCAGGGUGGGUAUGGAAGGUUCCAAGGUACGUGGAUUCCGUUGGAGAAUGCCAAGUAUAUGGUUUCCAAGUAUAAUAUUAGAGACCCCGUUGUUAGUACGAUUAUUGGGUUUCAGCUCGAUCCGAUGAAUCCUCCGGCGAAAAGAUGUAAAAACAGUGUGCUGAAGAGAUCAUCGCCCAAUGGGAGGAUAACUUCUCCCUCUAGUUACAAUAAAACCCCUAAGAAGAAGCUUUCUGCUUCGGCAAUGGCCAGAAAGACAAAGAAGAAUGGUGUGUUACAACCGAAUCCUAGUCCUUUGCAAAAUUUGGUAUUUCAAACUCCACAACAGGCUCAUCUUGCCGGACAGAAUUCAAACACAACGGUUCCACAGGCUUUGAACGAUAAAGAGACACCUAUGACGAUGGGUUAUUCGGCAACACAGAAACCAUUGCAGUUUUAUCCCGUGCCCACUUCACUCUCGCAUCAUCAUAAGAUUCCUCGUAAUAACCACCAUAGUAAUGCAAAUUUUCACAAUGGUACGGAAUCUCAAUCGUUCCUCACUUUCAUACCUGAAGGUCCCAACCAAGGAGUUUUCUCCACGCAGGAUCAGACUCAUCAGUCUGUACCCAAUAUUACAAUCAACGGAAAUUCGAAACAACCGCCUAAGAAGCGUAGAAAGGAUAGUCAAAUCGAUCCUAUUAUGAACGAUGAAGCGUUCCUCAAUCAGGAUAAGGCUCAACAGAAUUUCAAAGUGAUGAAACAGCAGAUGUGGCAAGAUAUGCAUCCAAAGCAUUUAUCGCAAACUUCACCAAAGACAAUGUACCCAAUAGCGGCUAGCAACACUACCCAUUCAAAUACUUCAUCGAUGGAAAUGUUCUCUACACAGGAUAACCCAACUCCGAUGUCGUCAAGAUCCUCUACUCCACAGACAUUCAGUGGGAUCCCAACGGCACCAGCUACUGCAGUGGAGAAUGAUGAUGUUGCACAUGCGGACCUCGAGCAAAUGUCGGUGGAAGCGUACAAGGAAACGAUCUUGCAAGUUUUGUCCUCGGAGGAUGGCUCAGAUAAGGAUUAUGCUCUGCCGUCUCAAAUGUACCAUCCACCAUCCAAUCUGGAUAUCAAUUUUCAGAUAGAUGACCAAGGUCACACACCACUGCAUUGGGCCACUGCAAUGGCCAAUAUCCCUUUGAUUAAACUGUUGAUAGCAUUGAACGGUAACGCAUUACAGAGUAACUCAAAAGGCUUCAAUUGUAUCACCAAAUCGAUUUUUUACAACAACUGUUAUAAAGCAGGUUCAUUCCCAGAGAUUAUCUCAUUAUUGAGAAUUUGUAUUGUGACACCCGACUCAAAUGGUAGACUACCACUGCACUAUCUCGUGGAAUUGAGCGUUAAUAAGUCAAAGGAUCCAUUGGUGAUAAACUAUUACAUGGAUGCUAUCAUUCAAAAUUUGGGUCAGGAUGAUUAUACUUUGCUGAGGAUGACUUUGAAUUUCCAGGAUAAUCUGGGGAACACAGUACUCCACUUGGCAGCGUUGAAUCUGAAUUUGGAACUUUGUAAUAAACUCUGCUAUCUCGGCUCUUCGAUGGAUAUUACUAACUAUGAAAAUGAGACACCAGCUUCUAUCCUGGCGAAAUUCAAUUUGGUACCGCCCACUUCCAUCAAUCAAGCACUUAGCCCACAGGCAAUUAAUAAAGGUUCUCCUUAUCUUGAACCACCUACCGGUACAUUGGCCAAUCCUGCUAAGACAGCGUCAAAACUAUCACAGGAAAAGGAUCAACAAAUCAUAUCGCCAACAGAUAACGAACCAAUAAAGCCGCCUCAAAUAAAAUUAACCCCAGCAGUACCGACGAGGAAGAUGGCAGACAGAAAUUUCUUAUCUGGUGCUGAUUCUACGACUUUUAACUCGCUCAUGGAUGAUUUAUCGAAUAUUGAUUCAUUUGUCACUUCAUCUGCUAUCAGAGAUGUAAAAACUACACCAUCAAAACUGCUGGAAAGUUCACCAAUACUUCAUAAAAAGAGACCAAGUAUGACAAGUAUGCUGCCUCCGCCAAGUUUAAAGAAAUUUGUCAAUUUGGCUGACGCCAUGGAGUCGCCGUUGGGACCAAUCAUACUGUCUCCGCGCGCUGGUCAACCAAAAGUUAAACAGCUCGGUGAAAUUGUAUCGUUGGCAGGCAAGUUGAGGGAUGUAUCGAACAAUUUGGUCUUUUCACUUAAUACACAGGCAAGCUCGAUUGCUACAGAGACCGAAAAUACGGAGAAAGGAAUUACAUUGGUAAAGAAUAAUUUACAGAAAAUAGAACAUGGGGAGAAAGAACUCUUUGCGCAAUACGACGAAUCAGAAGGGAUUCAAACCAUCAGUGACCUAGGCAAUGCGACAGAGGAACUACGAAACACAACUGAAAGCGGCAAAGUAGCUUUUAUUCAAUGCAUAGAGAAAUCACAAGCACUAAGUUUAGCCUCUUUAGUCCAAGAGGAAGAAUCAAAAGUUGACGAAGACUCCGCAGCAUCACCAGCACCAGAAAAAUCACAGAAUGAGGACACCUGGAAACUCGCUACGGAGUUGGCAUUCUUACAAUUUAGAAGACGUUCUUUCCUUGGGAAGAUCAUCGACGGGAAGUGCAACAUUGACACCUCUAACAAGAUCAGCAAGUACAGACGCUUAAUUGGCAUGACAAUGGAGAACAUUGACACGAAACUCGACGAAAUAGAAACAGAUCUACGGGCAAACGCAUAA